ACAGUCGAUUGUGGAUAUCGCGAAGAGUCAAAACACUUUUACGCGUUGUGUCGGCUGGAAGUGAAAAUAUCUAAAAUUAUUUAUUACAAGAAUUGUUGAAAUAAUAACAUUGCAUAAUUUGCAUUUAAAUUAUCCGAAGUAAAUUGCAAGGAAAUAAAAAUCAUUCAUAACAAUAAUAUUUAUGACAAAGUUGAUAUCAAUCAGUAUGAGGAAAUUUAUUAGAAUAACUUCUGCAACGAAAAAUAAAGUUAACGAUCAAAUAUAAAAUAAAUUUCUUCUGGUUUACCUUCAUUUACUGUGAAUCAAUUCUAGGUAAAAAUUGAAUAUAAAAAAUUCAUUUCGUGUAAUCGGGAGAAAUUUAAAAAUAAACUAGAAGCUUUUCUUAUUUUAUAUUUUUAAUGUGGUGAAAACAGUCGAGACUUUCCAUUGUGGACAUUUCGUUUUUUCAAAAAUAAGCAAGACAAUUAAAUGAUCAGACUGUAGGCUGGGAAUAUUUCGAAAUAUUUUUUUGAUUGCCUACUGUUGAGAACUGAGUGCGAUAUAUCGUGUUGGUGAAGUGGGUUGAAGAAAUAAACAUCUGUAUAAUCCUAGACAAAGUAGGAUGAACAAGAUCUAAGAUCGUGAACAAAGCGAAUACCUCGUAUGUGCUUGCUCAUCUAAAAAACUUCAAAAUAACAACAAAAAAAGAAUCUACAUAAGUCAAAUAUUGAAUACAGUUGAAAACUUAUGGAAUAAAAAUUAGUGUGCUUUGUUGUGUGUAUUUGAAAUGUCAUUUUCUGGAUAGCCCUUGAGCUAAUGAAGCAUGCUCAGUCAUCAUCACAACAUUGUAUUAUAAAGUGAGGCAGUGACUGCAAAAAGGCACUCAAAGAGUUAGCAUAUAAAAGAAACUCGAGAAAAGCUCGUCAAAUGAACAAAAAUUGUCUCGAAUGGAUGUUCUCAUUUUUGGUAACCGAGCGUGCAACACUAUCAUAUAAAACUCGGUUCAAAGUUUAAAAUGCCCUACUAAUGGGCCAAACGAUGUGUCACUACACCACACCCUGUCGUUUCAAAAAAAGCAAAAAGCAAGUCUCUUUUCUUCCAGGUCUGCAUCUGCGAAGUAUAGAGGAGCCCCAAAACAGAAUGCCCGCUGCUGAGGGGGGCACAAAUUUGGGGCUCGAAAAUAACAGAUCUGGCGGUUCUUUACCGCUUCAGAUCAAUUCAAACCAUCAUCAUCAGCAUCAACAUGAUGUCGAGUAUACGCGAAUGGAAGCUUGGCUUGAUGAAAAUCAAGACUUUGCACAAAACUACUUCAUACGAAAAGCAACUCGAAACAUAGUCGAUUCGUGGCUCGUCAAUCAUGCAUCGCCAGCUUCUGUCACUAACAACGACAUGAUGGGACUAAUGUCCUCACCUACGCAUGUUAAUCAACAGCAAUGUUCAUCGCGAAGUGGUUCGGGCGCAACAACACCUGUCAGAAAAAUUUCAGCUCAUGAAUUUGAACGUGGAGGACUUUUAAAACCAAUUGUGAACACUAUCGAUGGCACACCAACCUUUCUCAGUCUCAAUUCACAAUAUGAUCCUAUAAUUGGAUCGUUAACAAGCCAGAAUGGGACAUCGAGUAGUAUUAAUAGAACACAUAGACUGUCGCGUAAUGAACUGAAGCAUAUGGAUGAAAAAGAAAUGAUUUUCGAAUUGGUCAAAGACAUCUGCAACGAACUUGAUGUGAAGUCACUUUGCCACAAGAUUCUCCAAAAUGUUUCAAUUCUACUGAAUGCAGAUCGUGGUUCAUUGUUUCUCGUGCAAGGGAAGAACACCACAGCUGCCACAGAUGGUCAGAAAAAAUGUCUCGUAUCAAAGCUUUUCGAUGUUUGUCCCCGAAGCACGAUGGCGGAAAUGGAUCUUAGAGAGGAAGUGCGCGUAGCAUGGGGAACAGGAAUUGCUGGUUACGUAGCUGAAAGUGGUGUGCCCGUAAAUAUUCCGGAUGCUUAUCAGGAUGAACGUUUCAAUCGAGAAGUUGAUAUACAGACUGGAUACAGAACCAAAGCUCUUCUAUGCAUGCCUAUCAAAGAUGCUGCUGGUGAUGUUGUAGGCGUUGCACAAGUGAUAAAUAAAUUGGGUGGUGAACAAUGCUUCACAGCGACUGAUGAGAAAGUGUUCGCAUCAUAUCUGCAGUUCUGUGGAAUUGGUUUGCGGAAUGCUCAGCUCUACGAGAAAUCUCAGUUAGAAGUAAGACGUAACCAAGUGUUGUUGGAUUUGGCAAGGAUGAUUUUCGAGGAACAAAGUACAAUUGAACACAUGGUCUUUAGGAUAUUAACUCAUAUGCAAAGUUUAAUUCAGUGCCAAAGAGUGCAGAUUCUGCUCGUACAUGAAUCAUCCAAAGGAAGUUUUUCAAGGGUUUUCGAUUUCGAAGCUAAUGAUGAUCUCAACGAAGAUGGGGAAUCACCGCGAACUAGUCCGUUUGAAUCGCGUUUCCCCAUAAAUAUCGGCAUCACUGGGCAUGUCGCUGCAACUGGCGAGACUGUAACAAUACCAAAUGCUUACGAAGAUCCACGCUUCGACCCAAAAGUUGACGAGAAUACGACCUUCAAGCACAAAUCCAUAUUAUGCAUGGCCAUUAAGAACUCCUUGGGUCAGAUAAUCGGCGUAAUUCAGUUGAUAAAUAAGUUUGAUGAUUUGGUGUUCACAAAGAAUGAUGAGAAUUUUGUUGAAGCAUUUGCGAUUUUCUGUGGAAUGGGCAUUCAUAACACGCACAUGUAUGAAAAAGCGAUUGUUGCUAUGGCUAAACAGAGUGUUACACUUGAAGUUCUCAGUUAUCAUGCCUCAGCAUCAACAGAUGAUGCUCUACGUUUAACGCGGCUUAAAAUACCGUCAUCAGCAUAUUUCCAACUCCAUGAUUUUGCAUUUGACGACAUCACUUUAGAUGAUGAUGGGACGCUUAAGGCUUGUUUAAGAAUGUUUCUCGAUUUGGAUUUGGUUGAACGAUUCCAUAUUGACUACGAAAUGCUCUGUCGUUGGUUGUUAAGUGUGAAGAAAAAUUACCGAAAUGUCACUUAUCACAAUUGGCGUCAUGCGUUCAAUGUUGCUCAGAUGAUGUUCGCUAUUCUAACAUCGACACAAUGGUGGAAGCUUUUCGGUGAAAUUGAGUGCCUUGCUCUCAUGAUUGGAUGUUUGUGUCACGAUUUAGAUCAUCGUGGCACGAAUAAUUCUUUUCAAAUCAAAGCUUCGUCACCACUUGCACAGCUUUAUGGAACAUCAACAAUGGAACAUCAUCACUUUGAUCAAAGCUUAAUGAUAUUAAAUAGCCCAGGCAAUCAAAUACUCUCGAAUUUAUCAUCAGAAGAUUACAGUCGGGUCAUUAAAGUUCUUGAAGAUGCGAUUUUGUCAACUGAUUUAGCUGUGUACUUUAGAAAACGUGGACCAUUUUUAAACGUAGUGAAACCAAAUACAUCCUUGGAUCAAUUUAGUAGUGAAGACAAUCGUUCACUUCUAAGAGCCAUGAGCAUGACAGUUUGUGAUUUGUCAGCUAUCACUAAACCAUGGGAAAUUGAAAAACGUGUAGCUGAACUUGUCAGUUCAGAAUUCUUUGAACAAGGUGAUAUGGAACGACAGGAAUUGAAAAUUACGCCAAUCGAUAUAAUGAAUCGUGAAAAGGAAGAUCAAUUACCGUUGAUGCAAGUUGGAUUCAUUGAUUCGAUUUGUCUACCAAUUUAUGAGGCUUUUGCUGAUCUAUCGAAAGAAUUGACGCCACUUUUGGAUGGAGUGAAAGAGAACAAGAAGCAGUGGUUGGGUCUUGCUCAAACAGCUCAAGAGACGAUAAAAAACCGUAAGAACAGUCUGAGAUCGAUUACCAACGGAGGAAUGAACACCAACAAUAACUUCAAUUACAGCAAUGGAAACAACUUUAACAGCAGCAGCAACAACGGAGACGAAAUCAGCAACACAAGCAAUGUCGAAAGUACUUUAAUGUCAAAAAUCGUAGGUAAAUUUCCUUUGGACGCUAAUGGAAUCGGUCCAACUUUGGUGCCAUCGAACACUCUUUACAUCAAACAGGCCAACGGUCUUAUUACAUCUUAUUCGAGUCCAACAAUUGUGAGCUAUGAAAGUAGCUGGAAAAAGAACGACAGACAUCAUGAGGUCAUCGAUCAAUGAGAGCCAUUUCACAAGAAAUUCUUCUUCUAAACAAGUGAUAAGAUGCAUAAAUAUUUAAAACAUUAAUUAAUUGUCCAUAAGUAAACAUGUUUUCCGCUACAAUCAACUCUGAUAAUUUGUUUGAUCUUUUUUCUCGCCUUUUUAACUAUAACAUUAAUAAGCAUUAAAAAAAUUAAUUAUCAGGUUUUGAUUGGCGAAAGAAGACAAAAAUUUGACCAUUGAAGAAAUGAAAAAAAAAUUGCUGACAACAUGGUGAGAUAGUUCAAAGAUUUUAUAAUUAGAUAAUCAAAUCAGACGAUGAAAAAUUACACGAAUUAAUUAAACUUAAAAAUUAACUUGCAGCACAUCUCGUAUACGAGUAAUCAUUGCAAAAUCAUAUUUUCAUUAGUUCCAUUGAAGGCAUUAUAACAUUGUGACGUCAUUCGCAUAUUUGAGGGAUGAAAAGAUUAAAAUAAAAAGCUUUGGAUAAAAUUUUAGACUGGAUGAUUAGGCGAAUGAAUGUUGGACUUCUUUCAGUCACAUUAAUAACGAAUUUAAAUUAAAAAUUAUAAGAUGAGCGUGGAAAAUCAACUAUUCAUUCAAAUGUCAUGUUUUUGUGUUAUUAAAAUAAGAAAAUUAAACUUGUAAAAAGGAAACAUACUCUUGUGCUUUAAAACAAUCUUCGCCAAUUUCCAAUUCUUCUUUUAAUCAAUCAGUUAAGAAAAAAAAAGAGUUUAAAAGAGUCGGAUUGUGAUGGAGAUGGCGAACGAAAAUGAAAAGCUUACAGAUGAAUAUUUUUCUACGAAAAUGUUUUUAUUGAUAAUUAAAAAAGUUUUUUUUACUUCUAACUAUUUGGACGAUUUUUCUUACUUGAAGAACUAUAAAUAUGAAUUAUUCAAAGAUUGGCAUAGUAUCAAGUAAACACUAAACUUAGUAUUAUUUUUUUAGCUUUUCUCUAACAGUUCAAUGAAAAGCAUUUUCUAUUCGUUUUUUUUUUGUGAUGCUCUCUUAGACUAAAAUAAAUGACGCAUGUUGUGUUAGAGCUGAAUAAUAAAUGGCAAGUUAUUUUAUUUCAGCAAACAUGCUGUUUGUAAAAAGCUUAUUUAUUAUACUUACAUAGCUGAUGAAUAAAUAGAUUUUGAAUACUUUGACUUAGUUGUACCUUAAAAUGUCUUAAAAAAUUUUCGUUUUUUGAUUCGGUUUGCACAAAGAUUCGUAACAGUUUACUGAAUUUCCUUUCAUCAAUAUUAUUAAGUCUCUAAGGCUUAUGUAAAUGUUAAAUGAAACAGAAAUUAGAUAGACUUGUAAGCAGUGUACACUGAAAAUUUUAAAUAAAAAUAUAUUUUAAAGAUAUCUAAAGUUGGAUGAAAAC